GUGCCGGCCGGAGACAGCCCGUCUUGGCCCCCGCUCGCCUCCCCUCUGGGGAUGGCGGCGCCCGCCCUACAGCUCUCGAGGGUUUGGCAUUUCUCAAGCAGGCUUCAACUGCAUUCCAGGAGCAGAGCCUCCGGCGCGCACUGUGAGGGCUUCGCUACAAUCUUGCUCCUCUUUUGAGUGUCCAUUCUGUGAAAAAAGCAAAAGAAAUGGCGGCCCCCUGAUCUCAUCACAUUUUUUUCCCUCACCAAUUUUAGGUUAUCAACACUUUCCAAUGUACAUGAUAGGCAUUUUCUCCAGCUUUGUGGCACACAUAUAAGCCAGAUUAGACCCGAUUAAAACUAGGUAAAGGCAGGUUUAUUAGGAGGCAGUUCUCGUGGGUUCACCGAUCUCACAGUGGAGGUCAGCGAAGUCACACAUCUGGGCUAAAGCAAGGGGGUUUUAUAGAGUUUAGGGGAGGAAUGAUGAAGUGCCAACUAGGAGCCGGAAUGGUAUCCAUACAUGGUCAAAAAUUAAGACCCUGGGCUGGCGGGCACUCUUGGGUGGGUUGCUGGGAGAUGAGUGAUAUGUUAGCAGGAGUUUUCUUCAAGGGAGGAGAGGUUGGGGGGAGGAGGGCAGACUGGGCUCUCCUGCUUCUGCAGGAGAUGAGGGGUUCCAGCCUAACAUCCCAACGUCUUUGAGUAUAGGGGCAACGAUUCAGAUCUGGCUACUUCCUGCUGAAAAGGGACAGCCUGGGGUUAUAGCCAGCCUGGAGUAGGUGGGGUCCUGCUCAUUGGGAAGAAGCAAAGUCAGGAGUGAGGACGAGAAACAAGUGAUGGAAGUUGGAUGAAAGUGGAGGUAAAGAGAAGAUGUUUAAAAAUACUUUGAGAAGUCCGUGGGGCCUCUGCAGUUUGCCUGGCUAGGUUAGUCUCUCUCUCUGUGUUCCAAGGUUGCCGUUUCCUUGGAGACCAGACGCUGCCAGCGGUCUCCUUGGGAUCUGUUCUGAGACAAGAGGUGGCAGAAGCCUCACUGGUAUCUGGAGACAGUCUAUACCCAGAGGACCUGGAUUCUUUUCCCCCAUGGCACAGAAACAAACCUUGAGACCUCAAUUCUCAGGGAACAAGUUUCAAGUACCGAUGAGAAUGGGGCCAGAGAAGAGCUCGAAGUCAUCUACCCUGCCUCCCCUACGACAAGCCAAAGGCCGCAACAAAAGCAAAAUGAAGAUGAAGAGUCUGAAUGAAAUCCAGCCAGUACAGUCCCAGGUCUCUGUAGAGAUGGCAAACUCAACAAAGACUUCAGGAGGACUUCGAAGAAGGGACCAAACGCACCACGGGAAAGUGCAGGCCAAGGUCCGGCUGAUGAGGUCGAUGCUUCGAAACCAGCGGACCUCGCUCCAGGAGCUCUACAGCCACGAAGGCUACCUCAGCAAGCUCAACCAGGAGCUGAUCAAGGCCAUCUUGGACACUGAGGACAGUGUGGCCUUGAGCGUGCGUGAAAUGCUACAGCAGCAGAGCAUCCUCGCGAAUAUCAUCGACAUUUUGGAGUAUUCAAACAAGAAGCGGGUGCAGCAGCUGUGGUCUGAGCUCCAGGAGUGGAAGGAGAAGGAGGAGAGCAAGACAAACAGCCUUGAGUGGGAGGUGGAGCAGCUGAACUCCGAGAUCCAGAAAGCCAGUGAGGAGGUGAAUUUCCUGAGCACCUACAUGGAUCACGAGUAUCCUAUCAGGUUGGUUCAGAUCGCCAGCCACAUACGCCAGGUACAGCAGGCAAAGAACAACCAGCAGGACGAGCUGGACAACCUUAGGGAGAUGCGGGAAACCAUCCUGGCAUUUUUUUCCAACAUAAUUCAAGAGAAGAAGAAGAGAAUCCUGAAGUCCCUGGUGGUGAAUACCCAGAAACCCCAUGAGAACAUACUUCUGUUGAAGACCCGGGACGGCCGGCGACUGCAGAGGUGCAUAGACUUGUUCAGAGAGCUUAUUGAACAGAUGAAAGAAGAGAUUCCCAUACUACUCUCAGAGGUGGAGCAGAUGUAUGCAGAGCUCUGGAGCCCGAGGGAGGCCAUCUAUAAGGAUGUUCUGCUUCAGAGACCCAAGUGCACCCCAGACAUGGCUGUUGAGCUCAACAUUCCUGUGCAGGAGCCAUUCCCCUUCUAGACGGCAGUAUUGCCCCCUCUCCUCCCUCCUCCCUUCCCAGCACCAGGGGUUUUGGCUGGUGACUUACAAGAUGGUAUCUCUGUUACGAAUCUGACCCACAGCCCUCUCCUCUACCCCUCUCCCUUGCUGCUUGGACUAGGCAGGAGUUCCCAGGCCAGCCUGCUUGUUCCUUGGUGCCAAUAAAGCUGUGUUUGUGUUU